AUAAAAGGAUAAAAUCCUCAACCUCAACCAACCACACUCUCCCUCACCUUAUCCAAAUACCAACUCCUCCUCUCUCCUAUACAAAACUCCCUCUUUCCCCCCUCUAUACUCUCUCAUCCUUACUCUUCAACAAGACAACACACAAAGCAGUAAACACCAGGCUCCCGCGGAAAGCAGCAAUGGCGGCGAUCCCCGCGACGGUCAUCUCCGCCUCCGUCGCGAGCCAUGCGGCGGCUAAGAGGAAGUCCGGGGCCGCGUACGUCGAGGGCAUGAAUGCUUUCGGGGGGCUCAAGGCGCAGACCGGAGUUUCGUCCCUCGGCAUGUCGAGGAGCACCGAGCAGUCGUUCGCGACGAUCGUCAGCUCCCUCAGGCAGUCGGUGCAGAAGAAGAAGAAGGGCGGCGGGGCGCUGUCGUCGACGUGCAACGCGGCGGGGGAGAUAUUCAGGAUCGCCGCCAUCAUGAACGGGCUCGUGCUCAUCGGCGUCGCCAUCGGGUUCGUCCUCCUCCGAGUGGAGGCGGCGAUCGAGGAGUCCGAGUAGAACUAGGAUUAAACAAAAGUACUUGAGAAUUGCAUCAUGUUUUGUACUUUUUGUUUAUGUUAUAUGAACUAUAAAUUGUUUUGAAUUUGUACUAUGAUUGGUUGCAUACUCUGAAACAAGCCUUUUAAGUUGAGAA